CCCCCACCCCCAACAGGCUAAGCUAGCAGGCUAGCAGCUGCCGUUCAGAUCCGUUCAGACGCGCCGGCUUCGUCCACGUCCCGGUGCUGUUAGGACCGAUCCGAACCUCCGAACCGUCGCAGACGACCCGGAGGGACCGCGCACCCCGAAGGCUCGCUAGGUUGCCCCCCCUGAUCAAGCUGAAGAUGAUUAAGCUGUUUUCUCUGAAGCAGCAGAAGAAAGACGAGGAAUCUGCUGGAGGAAACAGAGCCGGAGCCGGGGGGAAGAAAGCCAGCGCGGCCCAGCUCCGAAUACAGAAAGACAUCAAUGAGCUGAACCUGCCAAAGACGUGUGAGAUCAGCUUCCCCGACGAUGACGACCUCCUCAACUUCAGACUCAUCAUCUCUCCAGAUGAGGGUUUCUACAAAGGAGGGAAGUUCGUCUUCAGCUUUAAGGUAGGACAGGGUUACCCCCAUGACCCCCCCAAAGUGAAGUGUGAGACUAUGGUGUAUCACCCCAACAUUGACCUGGAAGGAAACGUCUGUCUAAACAUCCUCAGAGAGGACUGGAAGCCAGUGCUGACGAUAAACUCCAUCAUCUACGGCCUGCAGUAUCUGUUUCUAGAGCCGAACCCGGAGGACCCGCUGAACAAGGAGGCGGCGGAGGUCCUGCAGACGAACCGGCGGCUCUUUGAGCAGAACGUCCACCGCUCCCUGAGGGGGGGCUACGUGGGCGCCACCUACUUUGAGAGAUGUCUGAAAUAGCUCGGCGUCCCGGCACCACCGCCCCCCUCCCUCACACACCUGUCCUGCUGGGGCCGCAGCAGAAGAAAGAAGCUCCGCCCCCUCCUCUCACAUUCUUUUAUGUCCAGCUGUUUUUAUGGAAGGUGGGGGGGUCAGCGCGACACUGGUGAGGAGGAGGAGGAGGAGGAAGAUUUCUGGAUUCUUUUUGUUUUUUUAUUUAGCGGCUGACAUUCAGACACGCCCCCUUCCUGUUCCCGCCUCCUUUCUUUGGUCCAUAGGCCAGCAGCAAACUCCAGACCCCCCCACCCCGCCUGAACAGGUGGGGGGAGAAAAGAUCCACCUUAAAUUUGGGUAGGGGGUCAGGGAGGGGGUGGAGCUGCCUCAAAGAGGGAGGGGUUACACAGUUCAGUUCUUCAAAGGGGGAGGGGCUAAGUUUGAAUGAACAUGCCUUAAAAUGACGCUGACAUCAACAGCUGCUGGUACGGGGCGGGUCUUGAUCUUCGUGGGAGGGGCUUACGUGUCUUGAAGACGGCCGCGCCUGUUUGGAGUUUGCUGCUAAAACAUGGAGCGCCGAUGGGCGGGGCUUGUUUGGGUCGGGACUUUUGCGUUUGAGUGGGAGGAGCAUUUUAUUUUCAUUUGGGGGUUCUGUUGGGGGGAGUCAGAAAGGGGAGGAGUUAAACAUUCUUGUGUAUAUGAAACCCAGCUGUUCACAUCGACUGCAAUAUGAUUUAUGUUAAAUAAAAUAUGAACUUGAA